GGACGCCACACGGACACCAGGGCGAGCAAGCUGCUGCUGAUGAAGGAGAACGGUCCGCCCGCCGCCCGGAGCCGCCACCACCGCCGCCGCCGCCGCCGAGCUCACAGCGUGAUCCCUCACCACUUCAUGAUGUCCAUCUACACGGCUCAGUCGGCGGCCGAGAGACUCGGGACCAACGCCAGCUUGCUGCGAGCUUCCUCCAGGUCUGCAGCCAACGCCAUCACCGGCUUCGUGGACACAGCUGAAGACGAUGCCGUGGAUUCACAUUUAAAGCGGCAACAGUAUUUGUUUGAUAUCGCAGCGUUGUCGAACAAAGAGGAAUUAGUCGGGGCCGAACUGAGGCUCCUGAGGAAAACGCCCGAGCAAUUUCGACAGACGCUGUCAGGUCUGUACGACUUGGAAUUGUACUCCUGCCUGAGCGAGGGCCAGCCGCCCAAAUUGCUGCAGUCCCGCAGCCUUCACAUGCACCAGGCGGAUGCACAGGGAUGGGAGGUGUUUGAUGUCUGGGGGACACUUCAGCUUUUCCACUCCGCCCAGUUCUGUUUUGAAAUGCAGGUGACCUCCGGCCAGGGCGAGCGGGACAUUGACCUGAGGCAACUCGGGUUCGGUCGGAAGGGGAGGGCGCCCCAGGAACGAGCCCUGCUGGUGGUUUUCACUCGGACUCGGAGAAGGGAGAGUCUCUUCAGCGAGAUGAAAGAGGGCAUCAAGUCCUCGGAGGGCUCUGCCGGCGACCUCCGGUUGCAAGCCAGGCGGAGGAGGAGGAGCAGGCGGACCGCGUUCACCAGCCGCCACGGGAAGCGACACGGCAGGAAGUCCAAGUCCCGGUGCAGUAAAAAACCCCUCCACGUCAACUUCAAAGAGCUGGGUUGGGAUGACUGGAUAAUAGCGCCCUUGGACUAUGAAGCUUACCACUGCGAGGGGGUGUGCGACUUCCCGCUCAGAUCCCACCUUGAACCCACCAACCACGCGAUCAUCCAAACGCUGAUGAACUCCAUGGACCCGAACUCCACGCCCCCGAGUUGCUGCGUGCCCACCAAGCUGAGUCCGAUCAGCAUCCUGUACAUCGACGCGGGCAACAAUGUUGUCUAUAAACAGUAUGAGGACAUGGUGGUCGAGUCGUGCGGCUGCAGGUAG